AUGAAACUUACCGUAUACCGACUGGCUUCUAAGUAUGUGAAUGCAAUUGGCUUGGCGAAUGGGCAUGGAGGAAGGCAAGGAUUUUAAUUUUUUUGUUGAUGGACUGAUGCAGUACUCAAUAUGAUUUUUGCAGGCAUCUUGGAUGUGAGAAUAAUCUGAAUGUUCUGACCCGUUCCAACUUCUUGAACAACUCCAGAGUCUCUUUGAAAUGGCAUUCCAUAAUUGAAGAGAAUAUUUCCGGAAGACAGAGCGAUGCUCUUCAUGGGGUUCUACAGGUACAAUAUAUUUACUUCCAGAUAAUUACAGAAGCCUUUAGAACAGUCGUGCUCUUUCUGGAGCUGUGUCCGCAGUUCUCCGGCAAGACGAUCAGAAUGAACUGCUGGUGAUUGGUGGAGAUCACAGUUGUGCUAUUGGAACCUGGAGUGGAGUUGCGGCAGCCUAUAGGCCUUAUGGGGAUAUUGGUCUUAUCUGGGUAGACGCCCAUAUGGAUGCACACACGAUUGAAAGUAGCCCCACUAAAAAUAUUCAUGGCACUCCGGUUGCUCAUCUGCUUGGAUUUGGAAAUGAGUUAUUGAGGACAGUUGGAGAUAUCUAUCCAAAAAUUAAGCCACAGAAUCUCUGUUUGGUUGGUAUCCGGUCAUUUGAGACUGAAGAGCAAGAACUGUUAAACAGAUUAGGGGUUCGAAUUUUCUAUGACUCAGAAGUCCAAAGACGGGGGAUCGAGCAGUGCAUGAAAGAGGCGACGGAGCUGGUCAGCAGGUAUGUAAAUGCAAAGGAUUUUUUUCUCGCUUCGACAGAUACCGCUUUUCAACCGCCGACGCUAACACAUGACGUCUUUUUGGAAAAUUAAAUCUUAUCUUUACUUUUUAUGAAAUUAGGUUUCUCAUAUCUGGUAAGAUGUGAGCUGUUAGUCUGCAUAACCUGGCGGAUUGUUCACACAUUUUGAAAAACUUUCACUCGUCAGAUACACUUUGGAUUAAGUAGCACUGAUCGCUUCGUCGGAGCAAUCGGACUAAAAAAAUCGUCAUCUUUGAUUAAAGAUUGGGUUUGGCAUUUCUUUUGUCCCUUUUCCGUAUUUUUGACACUUCUCAAAACUUUAAAAAUACCUCCGCCGAAUCCUCCGCCAGCCUUUAAAAACAUAUUUCGUGAAGGAAUGAUGCAAAAGUUGAAUUUUUAGAGACACGCAUGGCUUCGGAAUGAGUAUUGAUUUGGAUGGCUUCAGAAUCAAAGAUGCCCCGGCUGUGGGAACCCCUGAGCCUGGAGGCAUUGUGGCUUCAGAAUUCUUGGACUUUCUCCGUGAUACUCAAUUGAAUGGUUUGAUCGCUACGGAGAUCGUUGAGUUUAUGCCUCAUAAAGAUGAUAUCUGGAAACGAUCGGAGAGAUUGGUUACAGAUAUCAUCGAAUCCGUUUAUUUGCCUCGAAUUUCUGAGGAAUUCACAGAUUCUGAACUUGAAAAACGACAAUAUUCUGCAUAA